UUUAAUCUUCUGCUAACCUUCGUGUAUACCGUCUGCAAGGCGUUGCGUGCAAGUUUAACAAUAAGCUUGCGCAAAAGGUAUGAAAUUGUUGUUAGCGUUUUGGAUUUCGCGCUUUCAACUUGCAAAAAUGGAUACGACGACCAAAGGUCAUUCGGUGCUGUGAGUUGUCAAUUAUAACUUUUCUCCUUCUCCGUGACAAGCUUUGGCAAAGAACAUUACCAAUGGUUUUCGAUUGGCACUUGGAAUUAUAUGUUUUUUAGCGAUAAUUACGUCAAAGUUCAAUAAUCAAGAUAAUGAACCGACCAAAGCCACAUUUUAUAAGUUCCUUCAAAGAAAUCAAAGCUUACAUGUCAACGAGGAGAAGAGUUCAGAACCAUUACGACACCCUCAAAGUGGCAAAGGAAAGUACUCAGGAGGAAAUUAAAACAGCUUACUACGAGCUCACCAAAAAAUAUCAUCCCGACAGAAAUACAUCCCAAGAGGCCAAGACAAAGUUUCAGGAUGUGUCCAAUGCCUAUGAAGUCCUUGGAAAUUUUCACAAAAGAAAAGUGUACGAUCGUAAUUUGUCCGCGAGAGGUGGCACGGUAGCUUCAAAUACGAGUUACCCAGUACACGAGGACAAGUUUGCUGGUUUUAAAAAAUCCAGAUCAUCAAAUGUCAAUGAGACAAAGAGUACUGAUAACUUCAGAAACUAUGACUUUGAUGCGUGGACUAAGGCUCAUUAUGGAGUAGCUUUCAAAAGACAUUUGGAUAGAAAAAGAGCACAGGAAGUGGUUAAGGAUUUAGAUGAUAGAGUUCAACGAUAUAAUGAAGCCGAAUAUCAAAACUCUCUUCGAUUAACGAUAUUUUUCUGUUUUACCAUUGUCAUCAGUGUAUUGAUGCAAACAUUUUUUGAACGUAAUUAUGAUGAGCCUCGUGUGAAACAAAGAAUAGCUAAUAAUAAUGAGAUCCAAGAAGUUAAUUUUAGAAAAAAUUAGAUCACUGUUAUUGAUGGACAUACAUUUAUUUAUA